AUGGCAGAAGAGGAUGAAAAAUGCUAUCCUCCCGAGAUGGACCAAUACCCAGCCGCUCACUCACGACCGUUUGGCCACUGUGGAAUCUUUCUGCAUGCCCCACGCAGUGCCGCUGUCUUCGCGCUUGCUUUGCUGUCAGUGCAGGGUUCUCCUGUUAUCCAGAGCAUGAAAUAUGUGGGAAUGCCGCGACGGGCUCACCUAGUGAACAACCGUGAAUACCAGACCCCUACGUAUCACUCCACCGAGAGCUCGGCAAAAGAAAAUGCUGCAUUGAUCGCCUUCAACAUUUGCCGAAACUUCUCUGCCAACGAUGGCAUGUACCCGACUGGCUUUGCCCAUGGGGGUGUGAUACAGGGCAAUCCAGUGCCCGUCGGCUCUGGUCGCCAUAGCCGCAGGGGCGGAGCCGACACGUCUCGAGCGGAGUAUCGUUAUGGCGAUUCUGACAGCACCGGCAGCCGAAGUGGAGGAAGCAGCCCCGAUUGGGGCGAGUCUCGCCUGUCGAGCCCGAUGCGCAUGUCUCCAUCUCGCCGAGUUGUCUAUUCCUCGGACGCCAGCCAAUACAGCAGACGGGCCAUUCCUCGCUACUAG